AUGGGGAGUGUAAUGAGGAGUUGCAUACAAUCAAUAUUAAAGUUAGUGAAUUGUGUUGUAGGAAUGGUCGGUAUAGCAAUGGUAUUGUAUUCAGUUUGGCUCAUUAUAGUGUGGCAAAGAGAAAUGGGUGAUUUUCCAUUUUUUGAUGAUGACGACGACUUUACUCCUUGUGAUGAUGAUUAUGCUUCAGAUAGGGUUCCACUUCUGAAGGAUGUUGUUUACCCACCUCCUUAUGUUGUUGGUAAACCUGUCAUGGGAUCUAGAAACGAUGCAUGGAGUAUAAGGAUUAACGAGAAGGACCUUGCAUUUGGAAGAUUAGGAAGUGAAAUGUCACAACCAGUUUACAAUCUGAUGUCCAAGAGAGCUUGUACAAGUGCUAAAGGUUUCAAGAUGGAAAAGGGUUCUUAG